AUGUUUGCAUCGUUUGCGGUGAGCUUGGACGAUGGAAGCAGCCUAAAUGGCCCCGGGCUCUCCCUCUCCAUGCGGCUGAAGCGAGCUGAGGGUAAUCAGCUGAGAGUAGAGCUCGAAUCCUCUGCCGCACUGACCUCUUGUGAAUGCCGGAUCAACGAGCCUGAAAUGCGGCGUUUAACACACUCCAUGCUACCAGAAAUGUUAAACCCCAGUUCUGCUUCCAUUGCAGGCUCACAACUUACGAGUUCAGCCUAUUUUUCUCCAAAGCCUCUUCAGUUGCAUGUGAGUAGGCCUUCUGCAUACUCUGAGCCCCCAGAACAGACAGUUAUCUCUCCGCCAAUGAUAGUGCAGCAGUCAUCGUGCGAGCCGGAGCUGUCGUCGGUCUCAAAGCUUGCCGCAGUCUCAUCAACUAAUGAGCUAAGUAAGUGCUUCCAAUCAGUGGCAAAUUCAAGACUUCCACUACCGGGGCCACCUCCUUCGCAAAAGCAACAAGCACCCCCGCUCCUGUCGCCAACCUCCAGCAAGUCAAGUGAGUCAAGUGAUGAUACAAGCAAUAGCAUUAACAGCAGCACCUCCUCUGAUAUGAAAUCACGUUCUCGCUCAGCUUCUCUUCCUCCGACUGGACUUCAGGCAAACCCACAACCAGAACAACAUCAAGCUUCUACCAACCGACAAGCUGCUGGAAGUGAUACUAGUGAUAGCGACGACAGUGAUAAUAACACUAGUAGCGCAGUUAGCGCAUUGCUACAGAGGGCAGCCAUGCCAUAUGCGGGUCCAAAGAAGCUGGAUGUGAAGCAGGGCAUUGAUUUCAAGAAACAGCGCGAGAAGCUGUCUCAGGCAUCCAGCUUGCCACUAGAGGCUUUGAUGUCAGCAGAUUUUAUGAGUGCAGCCGUUUCCAUGGCCAAGCAAAAUACCUGA